CCAGUAUUAGGGCUAGGGUUUUGUGAAAAUUCUAUUAAUAGCAGCGGCUGAACAAUCCCUUCAACCUCAGCUGCGUUCUCGCCGCACUAGAACCUUUAUCGGUUUCGCAAUUAGAAGAUAUUUGCUUAAAGAUUGGGAAAUUCUUUCCUACUACAUAUUGAAGAGAGAGAUGCUAUUCUUCUCUUAUUUCAAAGAACUAGUUGGGAAGGAAGUCACAGUUGAGCUGAAGAAUGACUUAGCAAUCAGAGGCAUUCUCCAUUCAGUCGAUCAAUAUCUGAACAUAAAGUUAGAAAAUACUCGGGUUGUGGACCAAGAGAAGUACCCUCAUAUGCUUUCUGUUAGAAAUUGUUUCAUCAGAGGAUCUGUAGUUAGAUAUGUUCAGCUGCCGCCUGAUGGAGUUGACAUUGAUAUUCUUCAUGAUGCUACAAGGAGAGAAGCACGAGGGGCUUAAGCUGAUGUAAUUAAUAAUCUAUACUAAAUGUUUCAACACCUGACUUAUUGUUUCAAGUCGAGGAAAUUCAGUAGCAAUCUUAGUUUUUGUAAGAAAACAUAGCUUAGUUGCUUUUAACGGUAUUGCUGAUGUAAUUGAAACAGUUGGGUUAUAUCAUGCGUUGUGUUAUGUUGCCCUGUCAA